AUGUUUCUGUCUCAUGGACGAUUCAUCGACGACACACAACGAACGAAGGCCGGCGGUGUGACGGGUGAUCCUACAAAAGCAACUGAAGGGUCCUCGGAGACCUGCCCUGGUCAAUUCAUUCCCAUUCUCAACAGCAACAAGAAGUGCCUUGAUGCAGCUUCCGAUAGCAACAACACCGGCCCGAGCAACGACACGAACGGUGUCAAGCAUCCAGCAGCUGCUGGACCCAUGGCCCAAAGCAGCUUUCCACAGAUAGCCUGGAAUGCCAAUACCAAUGGACAGCAGUUUCUGGAACGGCCAGCCACAUGUGCUGUCACAGCUACACUACAACAAAAACCUAAUGGCCUAUCCAGCAAGACAUCCUGGCAACAAAUAUUCAGACCGGGUACCAGGGCUUCCAUGACCGAUGGAUUGAAAUUGAAGGCCAAAAGGCAAGCCUUAUUUACUUGGGCGACCAGACAACAACCCCAAGAUGCUAGCAACGCAAGCAGCAAGGACCCACAUGAUGAACAUGGGGACGAUGGUGGCAACACGCAUUCCACCUUCCUCCCUCUUGCCCAUCCAGCCGAACACCAGGCCGCCCCUUCCCCCCUUACAAGCCAUAGCACCACGUCGCCCAACACAGCUUCCACCCCUUACCGUAUUACCGUCUGGAUCACAGCCUUCGAGGCUUUCAACCUUACUGCCAGCUUUGUCCCCCCGCACGCCAAUAGCGCGGGUCGGUCACGUGCACGGACCUUUUGGACAGCAGUGGUAAUUCAGCCUCACAGGCGACAUGCUGUAUUCAAGACCUCAGAUGAUGCUGUCGCGUAUUCUGCACCGCAAGGUGUAGAUAAACGCCUUUUGUUAAUGCAUCCUGGCAAGCAGGUGCCUGUGUACCAGCUGCAGUACCGGCGAGACUGCUGGCCACUGCGGCUGCAUCUGACACCUCCGGUGCAUUUCCUGGCAAGGUUUGAGUUCAUGCUUGGAGAGGGAAUACUUGGGAGCAGCAAUCCUUCCAGCCGCGAGACCAAGAUGAUCUUGUCCGUUGGGGCAAUAAAUGUGACACAUAAGGCGCUCAUUGCCUGCAUCUUUGGCUUCCUCAGCUUGCAGACACGCAGCAUGUUGCAGAUGGUUCUGCUGUGCGUGAUUCAGGCUGCCAUGGUGUUAUACCUGGCGAUAUGGCGGCCGUUUAGCCAGAGGUCAAGGCAGGUCAUGGAGUUUGUGGGUCAUGCUUCUGAGCUGGUACUGUUCAUCUCUGCUUUCGUGCUUCUGGGCUCCAGACCGAGUGACAAGGCGCCAACCACGUACAUCAUGAUUGUCCUUCUCUUCCAGUUGUUCGAGAUGGCGCUAAUGGCCAGGGAUCUCUGGAAUAUCCUCCAGAGUAAGAUUGAACGGAAAUUCCUAGGAAAAAUGGACCAGCAGCAGCAUCCCGCUUUCUCGACCAGGCAAGUUGAUGCGGCCGAUGGCCCUGUUAAUAAGGCUGUCCUUCAAACAGGGCUGCUGGAGGAUGGAAAGGUUCAAAGUGCUGUCACCAGUGCACAGUCGGCAAUAAUCGCCCAAAGAACAUAA